CUAGAAACCCCUUUCUUCCCCUCCCUUCAUCCAACCAAAACCCCUCUCAAAAACAAAAUAAAAAUGGCUUCUAUGGUUUUUGCAUCAACACCUUUGAGUGCUAAAUCAUUUGUCAAACUAAGAACAAACUCAAAAUACUCUCCUUCUUCAUGUUUUGUUCCUUCACCCUUUAGGGAUUCUUAUUUACAUUUAUCAUACAAGAUUUCUCAUGUUAAGUCUUCCAAAUCUUCAUUUAUUCAGGGUGAUGGUUUCUCUAAUUUUUCAUUACCAAAAUUUUCAAGAGUUGCUAAUUCAGUUUCUCCAUCUUUGAAUACUAUUAAAGCUGGAGAAAAAACUGUAUAUCGUUUCGAAGCGUACGAUAUUAGAGAAAACAAAUAUAUCUCCCUCCGCAAAUACAGUGGGAAGGUUCUGCUAAUUGUUAAUAUUCCAGAGCAAGGUUCUGAUGAGACAAAGUCGGAAAUCAAGCUUCUCAAUGAACUGCAUAACAGGUACAAAGACGGAAAACCUAAAGGAUUUGCGGUUCUAGGGUUUCUCUAUGAUAAUAAAGAAACAGGCACAUCAGUAUAUGGAGGGGGAAAACAAGAAAUUCUUAAUACUGCUGAAUUUCCACUUUUCGACAAGGUUAAAUUGAAUGAAAAACAUGAACAUUGGUAUGGCACUGACGAAAAUAAAAGAGAUGAAGAUCUUUAUUAUUUUCUCAAAAAAGAAACAAAAGGAGGAGAUAUUACAGAGGAAUUCGUUAAAAUUUUAGUAGAUUGGACUGGAGUUCCUGCAAAACAACGCUACGAUCCCUUCCCAAUAUCAGAUGAUGAAACUAAAAAAUCGGAAGUUGUGAAAUCGGGCGAGAACCCGGGUGCUACCGCUGGACCACGAGAAGAUCCCCGCUUUGUUCUUGAGAAUGCCAUUGCUAGAUUAGUUCGCUGAGAGUACAUGGAACGGCUAUAUAUCAGCAAGGUUAAUAUAUCAUUACCUUUAUUGGUAGGAAAAUAUGUGUUUAAUUAAACAAUUUGCAACAAAGUUAAUGAUGUAUUGCUCAUAUUGUGUAAAUGUACUUGAUAUACAAAUUAUGAAUAAAUAAUGUUGGUGACUCUUUAUGUA